ACAGAAAACACAAUCAGCUCCGUGCUACAGGAUUUGCAGAGCAACCAUGGCGGGCAGGGUCAGUGAAACCUCCAAUCCGAGAGCGGAAGGAGAAGGAGAGACGUCGAGCGGUAUUAGAGUCCAUGGCAUGCAAUUCUCGUACGAUGCACAACCCCCGCUGUUCUGCGAUUUCAACCUUAACAUAGCCCCCGGAUCGCGAUGCCUUCUCGUCGGCGCCAACGGAUCUGGCAAGACCACUUUGCUGAAGAUUCUAGCAGGGAAGCAGAUGGUGGGAGGGAGAGAUGUGGUGCGGGUUUUAAAUUGUUCGGCUUUUCAUGACACUCAUUUGGUUUGCAGCGGCGAUUUAGCUUACUUGGGAGGCUCGUGGAGUAAAUCUGUUGGCUCUGCUGGAGAACUUCCAUUGCAGGGAGAUUUCUCAGCUGAACAUAUGAUAUUUGGAGUUGAAGGGACUGAUCCAGUUAGGAGAGACAAGUUGAUUGAGCUGCUUGAUAUAAACCUCCAGUGGCGAAUGCAUAAAGUAUCUGAUGGGCAACGACGUCGAGUCCAAAUCUGCAUGGGGCUUCUUCAUCCUUUCAAGGUUCUCUUGCUUGAUGAGGUAACGGUCGACUUGGAUGUUGUUGCCAGACUGGACUUAUUAGAUUUCUUCAAGGAAGAAUGUGAACAGAGAGGAGCGACAAUUGUUUAUGCAACCCAUAUUUUUGAUGGGUUGGAGACAUGGGCAACCCAUCUGGCUUACAUCCAAGAUGGUGAGCUAAAGAGGGCUGAGAAGUUAUCGGAGGUCAAUGAGUUGAAGAGUUCGGCCAAUCUGCUCUCUGUUGUUGAGUCUUGGCUCCGUGCUGAAACCAAGCAUGAGAAAAAGAAAUCCACAAAUCCUCCUGCCCAAACUCAAAAGACCUCUCCUUUUGCUACAUCUCCAUUUAUGUCAUCAAGACACAUGGCAUAUUACCGCUGAUUUCAGUUAAGCUGCUAGAUAAACAUUCAAAUUCAAAGUGAGAUAUGCAAGUGAGUAAAGCAAUUUCAUUCAUCAGCAAUUUUUUAAUACUUCCUCGGUUGACCCCGUUAAGGAGGAUUUCCUCUUUUAGAUUGUAGAAAUAAGGGUGGCAGUAAGAUGAAUCCCCAGUUCUAGCUUUCGGGUUUGUUGCUACAAGGUGAAGCCCCAAUGGCCUGACUUUGGCAGAUAUGUUGUACUCCAUUGUUAUCUAAGAAAGUUGUUACAAGAUCAGUCUGCAAUCUAUUUCCUGGCAUGGCUUUGCCAUUUUACGGUAAAGGUAAAAAAAGGAGUCUUCUUAUGAGAGGGGCCGUAUAAUAGGAGCAUCAACAUGUGACUGACACAUGAUUCAUAUUAGAUUUGGUUGAGGAUAUUGUAUGAAGCAUUCUUUUAGUGUAUGUGAAACCGUUCACUUUCAGUAAUUGAGUCUGUUGGU